UUGAAGGAAAAAGGUUAUUCUUGAUCUCUCGUUCCCUCUCCUCUCUGCGGGUUACCCUCCAGUUCUCGCUGCCAAUGAAAUUCCAGCCUCCGAUUCUCACUUCCUAUGAAGAUUCAUCCUCAUCCUCUUAUUCUGAUGGUGGGUUUCUUCCAAGAACCCUAUGAUGAGCAAGAUAGACUGAGGGAUUGAUUGUAAUACUUUCUUUAGGUCAGUUUUCCCAACUUGGAAACGUUGAUUAUUUCCACUUUGGAAAACAUGAGAAGAAAACCCAACCAACCCUCUUCCUCUAAUGAUGAGGGAAAUCUUGCAUCUACACAACGUGGAUCAGGUCUCGGAAACUGGAAAACACUGAAGUUACUUGGAUGCAUCAAAUUGAAGAAUUUAGUAUCAUCUUUGGUAACUUUCUGUAGUUUGACAACUCUGGAAGUGUCACGAUGUCAUGAAUGAGAAAAUUUAGUAACUCCCUCAAUAGCUAACAGCAUGGAACAACACAAAAGAAUGACCAUAAUUGAUUGCAAGAAGAUAAAGAAAUCAUAGCACGUGAGGGCGAAGAAGUGGAGAAGAAAAUUGAAUAUAAACAACUGAAGUCUCUAAGACUCCAAUUGUUACCAAGCCUCAAGAGUUUCUGCUUGAGGAAGUACUCCAUCAGCUUGCCAUAUAUGGAUGAAUUGAUUGUAAAAGAAUGCCCUAAAUUGGAGAUUUUCUCUGACAGUGAGAUACACGCUCCAGAGCUGAAAAAAGUAUGUCGGACAGGAUAUGAUAAGGGGUGCUGGGAAGUUGACCUCAAUACCACCAUUAGAACGCUUAAUGCAGAAAAGAGAGACACUUUGGAGGAGUUAGGGUCUCUCCGUUGGAAGUUAGCUAACCUUUGGGCUCCAAUAUCCGCUGAAGGUAUAUGAGUGUCAUCUUCAAUUUGAAAGGCUUUUGAUUCAGAGUGUAUUGAAAUCAUAGCAGGUUUUAUUCUCCCCCAUUUCUAGUUUUCUGCUCUGCUAACAUAUAUUUUCCCAUUGGUUUGGAUGGUAUCUGGGAUAUUGAUUAAACAUUCAUGUAGUCAUGUUUUUCUUUUGAAUUUGUAUUUUUUAGGUUUUAUAUUGUCAUGCAAAUCAAUUCAAAUCUUUCUU